CGCCGUGCUGCGAUUGACCAAUCAGCGAGCAGCUUUCACCUUCUCGCUUGGCUCGUGCCAUCCGUGUUUUUUUUUUUUUCUUCUUCCAAAGGGUUGAAAACGCUCGACCUCUCGGUCCGAAGUUACACUAGAACCAGCAGCAAACCCCGUUUAUCCUAGUGGGUUUUGAUAAAAAAAAACAUUUGUUGACAUUAGCCGAAUAUUCAGACAGAACAAAGGACAGAAAAUGACGUGUCUUUGAGAACAGAAGAGGCUUUUUCAGAUCUUUUUUUUUUUCAGUUCGUCUCCGGACGAAGAACAUUUGGCUGUUUUAGAGCGGAGCUGGUGGAAUCAUGGUUAAGACACGUGGCUGGUUGUGGAGCGCUUUAGGCCGGGAUCCUGCAAUCUGACAACAAGGCUGCAGAGCUGCAGAGGAGUGAGGAGUCGUCUCAGCCCGCAGCAUCUUCAGCAUCUCUUCCUGCUGUCCCUCUGGCUCGUCCCUGUCAGGUGACAUCUGGCUGACUGAACCUUAAGACGUGGCUACGUUUGCUUCAGACUCCAUCCACCUGCCUCUUGAUUAUUGUUUUAUUCCCCUCUCCAUACCAUUAACCAUGAGAAGCAGCAGGAUGAACCUCCUCGUGGGCUGCAUGCUUCUCUGUUCUGCCUCCUUGCUUUAUUUGGGCAUGAGCGGGAUAGACUGCCCUCGUAAAAGUCAUCGCUACCGAUGGAUGGAGCUCAAUCUGGGCUCGGGCAAUCAGAGCCUGUCCCUGACUGAACACUUCCCCGAAGACACUCCCAUCAUCUUCAUCGGGGGCUUUCCUAGAAGCGGCACCACGCUGAUGCGUGUCAUGCUGGAUGCCCACAAUGCUGUUCGGUGUGGAGAGGAGACUCGAGUGAUCCCGCGCCUCCUGGCCAUGAGGGCCACCUGGAGUCGUUCGAUUAAGGAGAGGAUUCGACUGGAUGAAGCCGGCGUCACGGAUCAGGUGUUGGACUCAGCGGUGCGAGCGUUUCUGUUGGAGAUAAUAGUCGGCCACGGGGAGCCUGCACCUCGACUCUGUAACAAGGAUCCGUUUGCCUUGAAGUCUCUGUCUUAUCUGGCUCGCAUUUUCCCAAAAGCCAAAUUUAUUCUCAUGCUACGAGAUGGACGGGCAACAGUUCACUCCAUGAUAUCACGGAAGGUAACCAUCUCAGGGUUUGACCUGACGUCCUACAGAGACUGCCUAACCAAAUGGAGCAGUGCUGUAGAGACCAUGUUCAGCCAGUGCCAGGCAGCGGGGGAGACCAGAUGUUUACCCGUCCAUUAUGAACAACUGGUUCUACACCCGGAGCAGGAAAUGAAAAAGUUGCUAAGUUUCCUGGAGCUGCAGUGGGACCCGUCGGUGUUGCACCAUGAAGAGCUGAUCGGAAAGGCCGGUGGUGUGUCUCUGUCCAAGGUGGAGCGUUCCACAGACCAGGUGAUGAAGCCAGUGAACACAGAAGCCCUCUCUAAGUGGGUGGGGUACAUUCCCCCCGACGUGAUCAGAGACAUGGCUGAAAUCGCCCCCAUGCUUGCUCGCCUGGGCUACGACCCCCACGCCAACCCCCCCGAUUACGCGAAAGUGGAGCCUUUUGUUUCCCCUCUAAACGUCUCUCAGAGAGUGAAAACAGCAGACUCUCCUCACCCCAGCUAAGCCCCGCUGCUCUGUUCCGCCACACAGACGCACCUUACACUCGGACUUCCAGCUCAGCAGUAGACGCCUCACAAGAGAGACUUAAUUGUUACAUGUGUAAUUCUGAAUUGUUCUCGAGACUCGUGUGGUGUGUGUUUCCCCGUACGCCAGUGGGAUGUUUAAACAGCAGACUCCUCUAUUUGUUUGAGGUUUACAUCUGCUCACUAGUCAUUGCCUCCUCUAUGGUGAGCUGUCUCUGCAUUCUGACACAUCCUUCAUGAAGGCGUUUCAGCACGCCUGUAAGUUGUAACGACUUCAUCACAAUGUGAAUUUCUUCAAAUGAUCCACUGACAGCUCAGUGUUCAUGAAUGACUGUAUAUUUUUGAAGAUGUAUGUUUAUUUUCUCAAGAAAUUAUUUUGAUGUUGGCCAUUCAUCAAAUGAUUUUUGAUUGUUUAUUGCUAAAUAUGAAUAAAAAGAGAAAAAUGUCACAUCA